GUUUCACUGUCAUAUGGUGUUCAAACACCCUAUUCAAUUACAGAAUCCGGUUUGAAUAACCAAUUUUGUUUAAAAAGAACAAUCUUCCCAACCACGAUCUGAUAAAGCUACAUGACAACAACCAAGAUAAGUGAUUCUCUCAGAGACUAAAAUCCACCUAUAGCCCAUCCAUAAUUGAAAAGCUGUUUUGCUAUUCUUACUGUCAUUAUCCCUCUCAUGUCCUAUGACCCAAUGGGUCACAUCCACAGACAAUUCUAGUCAGGGAUUAGGCCUUCACCUAUUGACUACAGUCAUAUGGUACAUUCUGUCCAUUUUACUGAAAAAUGAAAAAAAAAGAAUCUAAUCUUGGAUGGUAUAACCCUCUGUAAUAUGCCAGGUGAAUCACAUUGAUAAAGAAUCCACGAAAUGUGAAUCAGACCAUCGGCGCUACACCCAUAGCAAUUCAUUUUGCGUUUUACCCCAAAACCAUAAAUUAUCAAAUGGUAAACAGUUAAAACCAUUUUAAACCUUAAGGUUAUUUCCGCGGACAUAAGGGGACAUGAGUUCUUAUAAUGUUAAUCCUGCAAGACGGUCUCAUAUGAGCCACCAAACCAUGAACUAUUUAAAAUAUUUUUACAGUUCACAAACCGCCUUCUACGAAAGUCCAUGCCUGCAAAAUGUCCCCUUGUAAUUUAAAACAAAUUCUUAAAUGGUAGCAUCCACCUGACCCCAGAAAUUCUUUAUGCUUUUUGUCAUUUCCACAUGUUUGUAGCAUACUUCCCAUGUCCAUUGUAUUAUCUUUCUGAGCAUAUUUUAUUGGAUUCUUAUAAACCAACUUGUCCCCUUUUGGUUGCCCAGUGCACAUUGAAGUGGCUGUAUGCAAGCAUCUGAUGCACUAGAAUCUUGUGUUUGGAGCUUAGAGAGCCGUGCAAAUUUAGUUUUUUAUAAUCUUUUUUAAACAUUUUCCUCGCAUUAAUGAUAAUCCUGUGACGCUCGUUAACAUAAGCUCCGAACCUUAUUCUAUUCUUCACGCUCCAGUACUGUUUGGUUGUGAUGAGGCACUCGAUAGAAAUACAUACAGGGGAGAGGCGUUGCCGUUAAUGUUCUGGCAAUAUUUUUUAUUGUAUUUGUCCCAAAUGGAUCUGGAGGCCAGAGGCUUUGCUCAUGUUGCAGAGGGUGAAUCUGUAGGAGACCUACUACAAAAUACAAAUCAAAUAAGUUCCUACAUGAGGCUUUCUUUGUGACCAAUCAGUAUUUCUUAUGUGAAUUUAAGAGGAAUGCCCAAAAUUGCAAGCCAAGAAUUCAUGUGUCUCUUAUAAAGUCGGACUUCACUAUUUUGCUAAAUCUUAUUUGUAAUCUUCUGGAGUUUUUUGUAUAGGAACUUGGUCAGAAUUUAAGCCUGCAUAGACUUUGGUUGUUCAACACCAAAAAUUUCAUUGAUGGAAUGAAAGUACUCACACUUAUUUCCCUUGCAACUUGGAUCUGAGUAAAAAAUUAUACAGCACUUCAUCUUGGGUGGCUGUUCUUCAGCUUAGAACUUUAAAAAAAGAAUCUUGGAAGACCGUUUUAAUCUUAGCCUAUCAAAGCCUUGGUGUGGUUUAUGGAGAUUUGAGUAUAUCUCCCCUUUAUGUUUAUAGAAACACGUUCGCUGGGGAUAUUCAGCACUCAGAGACCAACGAGGAGAUAUAUGGAGUAUUAUCCUUUGUCUUCUGGACGUUAACCUUAAUACCUCUAUUCAAAUAUGUGUUUAUAGUGCUGAGAGCUGAUGACAAUGGGGAAGGUGGAACUUUUGCAUUGUAUUCUUUAUUAUGUAGGCAUGCCAAAAUUAGCCUUUUACCAAAUGGCCAGGUUGCUGAUGAGGAACUUUCAAACUAUAAAUUGGAAGAUCCUCCUGAAACAAAGGCUGGGUCAAGGGUGAAAGGUGUGCUUGAAAAGCAUAAAAUCUUGCACACGGUAUUGCUUCUUGUUGCUCUGAUUGGCACGUGCAUGGUUAUUGGUGAUGGGGUGUUGACUCCUGCCAUUUCUGUUUUCUCUGCAGUAUCAGGCCUCGAGCUUUCAAUGUCACACCAUGAAUAUGCGGUGGUUCCUAUUACAUGUCUUAUAUUGGUGGGCCUAUUUGCACUGCAACACUAUGGUACACAUCGGGUGGGUUUCAUGUUUGCACCAAUUGUCCUGACUUGGCUAAUAUGCAUCAGUGCCAUUGGCCUAUACAAUAUCAUACACUGGAAUCCCCAUGUUUAUCAAGCAUUCUCUCCAUAUUACAUGUACAAAUUUCUGAAGAAGACACAAAGAGGAGGAUGGAUGUCCUUAGGAGGCAUUCUAUUGUGCAUAACAGGCUCAGAAGCAAUGUUUGCAGAUCUUGGGCACUUUUCACAGUUAUCAAUCAAGAUUGCUUUCACUUCUAUAGUUUAUCCUGCGGUAAUUUUAGCAUACAUGGGGCAAGCUGCUUACAUCUCUAGACAUCAUACCAUCAGUGGUAACUAUCAAUUUGGUUUUUACGUAUCUGUACCAGAGCAUAUAAGAUGGCCUGUACUGGGUAUUGCGAUACUUGCAUCAGUGGUUGGAAGCCAAGCAAUCAUUACAGGAACAUUUUCGAUCAUUAAGCAGUGUACAGCACUAGGUUGCUUUCCUAGAGUGAAGGUGGUGCAUACUUCAAACAAAAUUUAUGGACAGAUCUACAUUCCAGAAAUCAACUGGAUCUUAAUGACCCUUUGUCUUGCUGUAACUGUUGGGUUUAGAGACACUAAACGAAUGGGAAAUGCAGCUGGUUUGGCUGUCAUCACUGUAAUGCUGGUGACGACAUGUCUCAUGUCUUUGGUAAUUGUUUUGUGCUGGCACAAGAGUGCACUUCUGGCUCUAUGCUUCAUCCUUUGCUUUGGGUCAAUUGAGGCUCUUUACUUUUCAGCUUCCCUUAUUAAAUUCCUUGAAGGGGCCUGGGUACCUUUAGUUCUUGCACUCAUAUUCAUGUCUAUAAUGUAUGCAUGGCAUUAUGGGACCAUUAAAAAAUAUGAGUUUGACAUGCAAAACAAAGUCUCCAUGAAGUGGUUGCUUGGUCUUGGGCCUAGUUUGGGGAUUGUACGUGUCCCAGGUAUCGGGCUUAUACACACAGAGCUGGUAACAGGAAUACCUGCAAUAUUUUCACAUUUUGUAACCAAUCUUCCAGCAUUCCAUCAGGUGCUUGUCUUUGUAUGCAUCAAGUCAGUGCCAGUGCCUUAUGUUCUACCUGAGGAAAGAUUUCUUAUUGGACGAGUGGGGCCUAAAGAGUACAGGCUAUAUAGAUGCAUUGUGAGAUAUGGAUAUCGUGAUGCUCAUAUGGAUGACCAUGAAUUUGAAAAUCAGCUUAUCUUCAGCAUUGGGGAGUUUAUUCAGUCAGAAAGGAAAAGUCCUCGUGCAAGCAAUGAUUUUUGUCAAGAUGGAAAGAUGACUGUAAUUGGAACAACCAGAAAAGAAGAUAUCAAGUUUCAUGAAGAAGAUGAGUGCAUGCCAUCUGCUUCCAUAUCUAAUAUUAGGUCCCCAAUUAUUCAAAGCAUCCAUGAUAUUACAGAGAUUAAUUCUCCAAAGGUAACAAAAAGAAAGAAAGUAAGGUUUUUGUUGCCAAAUAGCCCUGAAAUGGAUCCUUCUGUAAGAGAUGAACUCCAAGAGCUUUCUGAGGCCAAGGAAUCUGGAACCGCUUUUAUUCUUGGACACUCCUAUGUGAAGGCAAAGAAAGGAUCAUCUUUUCUAAAGAAGCUUGUUAUCAAUGUGGCGUAUGACUUCCUAAGAAAAAAUUGCAGGGGGCCAUCAACUGCUCUGAGCAUACCCCAUAUUUCACUCUUAGAGGUUGGUAUGGUUUAUCAGGUUUGAACCUUGAUAUUUUGUGUAAUAGACAUCCUCUGUCAUAUGGCCACUAACAAUUGAAAUUUAUUUUAGUUCUCCGGCUGAAAUCUUUUAAAGUGAAGAGAACUGCAUCCUAAUAAAACUUGGCAGCCAGUGAGCGAUUUCCUGUAAUAUGUUCUUAUGAAUAUACCCACAGCAUUGAUGCUCUAGGAAUAGACAGAACCUGUACAGCUGGGCCAUGUUUACUCUAUGUAAAUAAUCUGUAUGCUGAGUUAACAUCUUGUCUA